AUGCAAGUGCAAAUGUUUCUGCUCCUGGGCUGGUUUCCUCUCACAAGUGCCUUUUACUUCCACGUGGCAGAGCGAGAGGAGAAAUGCAUCAUUGAGGACAUCCCGAGCGACACACUGAUCACAGGCACCUUCAAGACUCAGCAGUGGGACGUGGGCAGACAGGACUUCCUGGAAUCCGCUCCUGGCCUGGGAAUGUUUGUGACAGUCUCCACCUAUGAUGAAGAGGUGCUGCUGUCUAAGUUAUAUGGCUCACAAGGAACUUUCCACUUCACUUCCCAUUUGCCUGGCGAACAUAUAAUUUGCUUAGAAUCUAAUUCCACAAGGCUUGUGUCAUUUGGAGGGAGUAAGCUGAGGGUCCACUUGGAGGUGCGGGUUGGGGAGCAUGACCUGGAUGCAGCCAUCGCACAGGCGAAGGACAAAGUCAACAAAGUCAGCUUCAAGCUAGAGCAUCUGAUCGAGGAGAUGGAGCAGAUAGUCAGAGAGCAAAACUAUCAGCGGGAUCGAGAGGAAAGCUUCCGAUUGACCAGUGAAGACACAAACAGCAAUGUCCUCUGGUGGGCUUUCACACAAAUGCUGAUCCUCAUUGCAGUUGGAAUUUUCCAAAUGAAGCACUUGAAAGACUUUUUUGUAGCUAAGAAGCUUGUUUAA